GCAACAUUUCUUCGUCUCUCCGACUUCAACCAGCAAUGGCCGCUUCUUGGGUUGCUCGUAUACCCGAGAGCUCCGAGAUGCAGGAAGGGCAUGCUGCACGUGCGAGUCCUCAAUCGAAGCAAAGCAGCUGGGUGGUCGACAAGACCCUAUCGACGGCGUCGAACCUCGCGCAGCUCCUGCCGACUGCCACUGUGCUGGCCUUCCAAUCCCUCUCCCCAUCCUUCACCCGCCGAGGCGAGUGCUACGCCACCAACCGGGAACUCACCUGCGUUCUCAUCGCCCUCAGCGCCGUCUCCUGCGCCUUCUUCUCGAUCACCGACAGCCUCGUCGGCGCCGACAACAAGCUCUACUACGGGGUCGCCACGCUGCGGGGCCUCUACGUCUUCAACCGCAACGGGGCGAACGAGGAGGAGCGGAGGCGGGUGUUCGGCGACCUGGAGGAGUACCGGCUGCGGCCGCUGGACUGCGUGCAUGCUGUCUUCGCCGUGCUGGUGUUCCUGACGUUAGCCUUCAGCGACGCCAUGGUUCAGCACUGCUUGUUCCUGGACUCGGGAACGAACGCGAGGGAGCUCCUCGUGAAUCUGCCGCUCGGCGCAGGGGUGGUGUCGACGCUGGUGUUCAUGCUCUUCCCCACCUCCCGCAAGGGCAUCGGAUACACAAACGUGACACCCACGUCACGGUAAAUUUGCUCUAUGUUGUUAUACAGUGGAAUCCUUAUUCUUGUAUGCUUAAUUGUGUUGUAAUCGUAAUAUAUAUAUAUAUAUAUAUAUAUAUAUAUAUAUAUAUAUAUAUAUAUAUAUAGUGUUAUUGUA